AGACAGUCUUCUGCUUCUUCGUUGUUGGAGAAAAGUUUUUAAAAGGUCUGCAUUUCACUUUAUAGAAAAUUCGUCCUAAAUUUUACAACAUAUUUGCAAACAGUGGUACAUAUACCUGAUUUUAUAUGUCCCGUAUUGAGCCGCGUCUACAAAGCUCUGUGCGGUGAGACGGCGGCACCAUCAGUGCGUUCCACAGUGCCUCCAGAGUUCAAAACCAACAAAAAUCGAUUAUCGAACACAUCCUUCGGCUGAAAUGUCCACAAAAGCAACACCGUCUACGAUGAGCUCCGUUCCGGGAGCCCGCGGUGUAGCUCGUGUUCUGGCAAAAUUAGAAGCUUCAAUUGAGUCCGGAAAUUAUUAUGAGGCGCAUCAAAUGUACCGUACACUGUACUUUCGUUAUCUGUCGCAAAAAAGGUAUACUGAACUUCUGGAUUUGUUGUAUAAGGGAGCCCUGACGCUCUUAAAACACGAUCAACACACAAGUGGUGCAGAUCUUGGAUUACUCGUCGUUGAUACAUUGGAGAAGGCUAAAAUUGUAGAAGAUACGGAAAAGUGGAUGCAAAAAAUUGCAUUACUCUUGAGUAAAAUCCAGCCAAACGUGGUCGAAAGAGAAACCCUUUUGGUAAAAGCAGUUAAAUGGAGUGCAAGUGUAUCAAAUUCUCAAGUAGGGCACCCGCUGAUGCACAAGUUAAUCGCACAGAUUAUGUGGAACGAAGACAAUCUGACCCAAGCGCGCCAUCAUUUUCUACUUUCGAAGGAUGGGAUCAGUUGCGGUCACAUGUUGAUUCAACUCAGUCAAACUAAGGGUGUGCCGUCGGAAAUGGAUCUUUUUAUAGCUCAGGUCAUUUUACAGCAAUUGUGUCUCAAAGAAAUCACCACCGCGGUUGAAACGUUUGCUACCUACACCAAGUAUCACCCGAAGAUUGCCUGCAGUGAGCCACCGUUUAUUACUCCGUUGCUGAAUUUCAUUUUCUUUUUGCUGCAAGCAAUCGAAGCUAAUCAACGCAAGCUGAUUGUAUUUCGUACCUUGUGCGAACUGUACAAGCCUUCCCUAGAGCGAGAUGCAUCCUACGAAAAAUACCUGCAGAAAAUUGGGGUUAUCUUCUUUGAAGCCACCCAGCCGCAGUUACCACAAACCGAGGGAAUAGGUGGAAUUUUCGGGGAUUUGCUAAAUCAAUUCUUCCAAGGACUGGACGAUGAACUCGAUGACGAACCUGCGAGUGGUAGUGAGCAGAGAAUGGGAUCAACAGGAACCGGUCAAACGGUUAAGGAGGAACUGGAUUAACUAAAAGUUUUGUUUUUGUUUGCUUACUAGUGGGCCUCGAAUGGUAGCGAUGCUAGAUAAGCCGGUGAAUUUCGACUACACGUUGUGCAGGAGGAAAAGAAAUCAGAUUUUAUCUUAAAACUUCAUUAGGAGUAAUAUCUACCUAAUCGUCUGUCUAGCGAGUUUAUCCAAUCGAAUAAUAAAAGGAAAUAGUUUAAUCAA